AUGGCACACAAGUUGUAUGGACUACUUAUGCUUCGUUCUGCUAAAGAAGGCUUCACUGAAGCCAGUCUUGGGCUGUUAGCCAAUCAGAGACGACGACAGCUGUUGACAGGAUUGUUGAAGUCUUUGAGGACCAUAAAGACUCUGCAAAGAACUGAUGUUCGACUGAGUGAAAUGCUGGAGGAAGAGGACUAUCCAGGCGCCAUCCAGCUGUGUUUAGAAUGCCAGAAGGCUGCCAGCACUUUCAAACACUACAACUGUAUAAGUGAGUUGAAUUCCAAACUACAAGACACUCUGGAGCAAAUCGAGGAACAGCUAGAUGUGGCGCUGUCCAAAACCUGCAAACACUUUGAUGUUUCUCACUACACCAAAGUUCAACUGGCAUAUAAGCUGCUGGGGAAGACACAGACGGCCAUGGAUCAGCUGCACAUGCACUUCACGCAGGCCAUCCACAAUACUGUCUUCCAGGUGGUGCUGGGAUACGUAGAGCUGUGCGCCGGCAACGCAGACACCAAGUUCCAGAAGAUGCCGUACAAGGACCUUUGCACGCACAUUACCACAGACAGCUACAUCCCCUGCUUGACCGAUCUCUGCAAGGCCUUGUGGGAGGUGAUGCUCAGUUACCACCUAACCAUGCAGUGGCACGAUGAGCACUACAAAGAAGAAGAGACGACUCCUGGAGCAGAUGAUUCCAGCGCAGAGGGCUCAGACGAAUCCACUGUGGGCCGCAGCUAUGUGAAGAAGAAGCUGGAACAUGGCUUAACGCGGAUCUGGCAGGAGGUCCAAUUGAAAGUGAAAGCUUAUUUGCUGGGAACAGACGUGUCCAACUUCAAGUACGACGACUUCAUUGUGGUUCUGGAUGUUAUCAGCAGGUUGAUGCAAGUGGGAGAGGAAUUCUGCGGCAGCAAGUCUGAGUUGUUGCAGGAGUCCAUUAAGAGACAGAGUGUAAACUACUUUAAGAACUAUCACAGAACUCGCCUGGAGGAGUUGCGAAUGUUUCUUGAAAAUGAAACAUGGGAGCUGUGCCCUGUGAAGUCCAAUUUCAGUAUUGCCCAGCUUCACGAGUUUAGGUUCAUGGGUCAGUGUCGUUCUCCUUCAGUAUCUCCCAGCAGGCAGCCGGAAUCCACAGAGCCGGUGGAGCUUUGUCUGUUUGAGCAGUACCUGCAGGGUGGAAAUCCUUUUGAGAUGCAGAUAGACAAUAAGGAAGAGGAGACGGAGGAUGUCCUGGCUUCUAAUGGGUAUGAGUCAGAUGAGCUGGAGAAGAGCGUAUAUCAGGACUACGACAGUGACAGUGAUGUACCUGAGGAGCUGAAACAAGACUAUGUAGAUGAACAGACAGGAGACGGUCCAGUGAAGAGCGUGUCCAGGGAGACACUUCGCAGCCGGAAGAGGUCCGACUACAAUGCCCCCAUCCUUACCAACACCACCCUCAACGUGAUUCGCCUGGUUGGAAAAUAUAUGCAGAUGAUGAACAUUCUGAAGCCCAUCGCCUUUGAUGUCAUCCACUGUGUCUCUCAACUCUUUGAUUAUUACCUGUAUGCCGUCUACACCUUCUUUGGCCGCAAUGACAUGCACUUCCAAUCUGCAUCUCUGCCUUCACAAGGCUCUCAACCUGGUGUGUCCAGACAGGCGGUCCCUGUCUAUUGGUAUGAAUCAUCUGGGCUGGGUUUGAUCAGCAGCAGACUGAGGACUACGCUCAGCCGCAUACAGGAGAGCCUAAUAGACAUGGAGGCUGGAGGGGAGAACGCAGGUCCUCAUGCAUCUCCUGAGGAAAGGAAGGAGAAGGUCCCCAGACCUCAUCUGAGUCAGCUGGUGAUCCUGACAUCUAGUGAUACGCUCUAUGGCUUGGCUGAGAGAGUCGUCGCCACUGAAUCACUAGUUUUUCUGGCAGAGCAGUUUGAGUUUCUUCAGCCUCAUCUCGACACCACGAUGCCUUCAGCCAAGAAGCCCUUCCUUCAGCAGUUCUACUCACAGACUGUAUCUACAGCCAGCGAGCUCCGCAAACCCAUUUACUGGAUCGUGGCGGCCAAAGCCAUAGAUUACGAACAGAUGCUGUUACUGAUGGUGGGAGUGAAAUGGGACAUUAAAGAGAUAAUGUCACAGCACAACGUCUAUGUGGAUGUCCUUUUAAAGGAGUUUGAGAAGUUUAACCAGAGACUGGGAGAUGUGUCGAAAAUAGUUCGGAUUCCUCUACCUGUGUCCAAUGUCUUAUGGGAGCACUGCAUCCGUCUGGCCAACAGGACAUUAGUGGAGGGCUAUGCAAAUGUGAAGAAAUGCAGUAAUGAAGGACGUGCGCUGAUGCAGCUGGACUUCCAGCAGUUCCUGAUGAAGCUGGAGAAGCUCACCGACCUCAGACCAAUUCCAGACAAGGAGUUCGUAGAGACCUACAUCAAAGUAUACUACCUUACUGAGAACGACAUGGAGCAGUUCAUCAAGAACCACAGGGAGUACUCUAUGAAGCAGCUGACUAACCUGGUCAACGUCUGCCUCGGGUCCCACAUCAACAAGAAAGCGCGACAGAAACUCCUCGCAGCUAUCGAUGACAUUGACCGUCCGAAAAGAUAAAUAAAUGUCACUGAACUACCCCACCAAACCCCACAGAACGGU